AUGUCUUCAAGUUCAGUACUCGAUUUUGUUUCAUCAACUUCAUCGAUCGUACACGAUGAAACAUCGAAUCAAAGUGUGGAAAUUCCCGAUCCGCCGGCACUGAAUGUCACACACAUAUCACCGAAUAAUAACACGAAUAAACCAGCAACUAAGUCAGAUAACACUUCUGAUAGAGAUGAGAAUGACGACGAUGAACAAGAAGCAAUACCGAUGAAUAUUACAUUUGAUUGGAUUGAUGAACAAAUGCGUGCUGGCGUGGACUUACGCCCAAUCUUAUCUCGUCUUUUACCUGGCCUGCCCGAUGACAUAUCACCAUCAGCGCUCUUUGAGCUGCUCAUGGAUCUUUUCUUACCUGUACAACAACGGCAUCCACUCGAGCAAUAUAAGACACUCGAUGAUGCUGUAGAAUUAAUUCGAAAGUGUAAAAACAUUCUUGUUCUUACUGGAGCUGGAAUAUCAGUUAGUUGUGGAAUCCCAGAUUUUCGAUCUCGCAAUGGUAUCUAUGCUCGUCUACGUGAAGAAUUUCCUGAAUUACCCAACCCACAAUCGAUGUUCGACAUCGAGUAUUUUACUCAUGAUCCUCGACCAUUCUUUCGUUUUGCCAAAGAAAUCUGGCCUGGUCAAUACCAACCAUCCUUAGCCCAUCAUUUCAUUGCUGAACUAGAACGGCGUGAUCAAUUAUUACGUAACUAUACUCAAAACAUUGACUCGCUCGAGCAUCUCUGUCCAAUCAAACGUCUUAUACAAUGUCAUGGUUCGUUUUCGACUGCAACAUGUCGUCAUUGUUAUAACCGUGUGACUAGUGAUGAGAUAAAAAAGGAAAUUCUUCAACAAGUGAUUCCACAUUGUCAUAAAUGUCCAAAACAUGUGAGUCAAGCAAUAGUUAAACCGGAUAUUGUCUUCUUUGGUGAACCAUUACCAGUUGAUUUUCAUAAAACAAUAUCAACUGAUAAGGAUAAAUGUGAUCUACUCAUUGUGAUGGGUUCAAGUUUGAAAGUCAAACCAGUUUCGCUCGUUUCGGAUCUUUUACCUGCACAUAUUCCACAAAUUUUAAUUAAUCGAGAACGUUUACCACAUAAAACAUUUGAUAUUGAAUUACUAGGCAACUGUGAUUCGAUUAUAAAUGAACUGUGUCUUCGCUUAGCACGUUUCGAACCGUCAUUUGCACAAAUCAAACAAUUCAAACCACGAAAUCAUACACCAAUGAAUGAAAUUCUGUAUGAGAACUUGCGCAGCUCAAUGCAAAAGCCGAGACGAAAACGAACAAAAUAUUCUUCAACUACAAUACACGAUCCCUCUGUGCCGAAAGAACGUCUAUCAUCUCUUCGACCUCGCCUAUUCAAGCCAACACCCACUCCAACUCCUUCACCAUCAUCUUAUUCUUCGUCGCGUAAACGACCAUUCUCUGCAUUGAAGAAUUCGACUCUCUUCAAUCCUGAAUCAUCUUAUAUCUCCUAUCCUCCUCGACGAUAUUUAUUUGCUGGCGCUGAAAUCUAUUUUUCUUCAUCGGAAGACGAUGCUAGCGACGAAGAUCUACCCCGAAAACAUACUGAAUGA